AUGACGAAAGUGACCGAGUUUAAGGUAGGCAUGACGUGCGACGGCUGCUCUAGCGCCUGUACGCGCAUUCUUAACAAGAUCGAAGGCGUGUCGGACGUUAAAUGCGACGUGGAGAAGCAGCAGAUCUUGGUCGAAGGCGAUGCCGACGUCAAUGUGAUGCUCGAGGCAUUGCUUAAAUGGUCCAAGGCCAGCGGAAAGAGCGUGGAGCUAGUGACAUAA